AAUAUGUAAGAGCUAAGAUAAAAUCCAGACGUUUAGAAUGGCCCCUAAUAUUUUGGCCGCAUUUACUGGCCCAGAUUUCUCACAGAUAAACGCUAUUGGUUACAAGGAAACUGGACUAAAUCCUCUAACCCUGGAAGAACAAGUCAAUUCUGUGCCCUGCUAAUAUGCCAGUUAUUAGCAAGAUAAUCUUGGCUUCAAGACAACAUAAUACAGACAUUGAAGCUUGGGACAAGAUAUUUAUCUAGUUUCUGUGGCUAAAUUAAAGACCUGCCAUGACGUCAAAGAAAGAGACUGAAUUUGUCAUUUUCACCUAAAGAAAAAUGAUAGACAAAAACCAAACCUGUGGUACGGGACGGGAUUCCAUGCCCUACAUGACUUGUCUGAUCCACGUACUUGAAGAAUGGUUUGGUGUGGAGCAAUUGGAGGACUACUGGAAUUUUGCAAACUAUCUCUUGUGGGUUUUUACACCACUCAUACUUUUAAUACUUCCUUACUUUACUAUCUUUCUUCUCUACCUUACUAUUAUUUUCUUACACAUUUAUAAGAAGAAGAAUGUAUUAAAAGAAGCUUACUCUCAUAAUUUAUGGGACGGUGCCAGGAAGACGGUGGCAACGCUGUGGGAUGGACACGCGGCCGUCUGGCACGGUUAUGAAGUUCAUGGGAUGGAAAAAAUACCAGAAGAAGGACCAGCACUGAUCAUUUUUUAUCAUGGAGCUAUUCCCAUUGAUUUUUACUACUUCAUGGCUAAAAUUUUUAUCCAUAAAGGCAGAACUUGCCGAGUAGUAGCUGAUCACUUUGUUUUUAAAAUUCCAGGGUUUAGUUUAUUACUUGAUGUAUUUUGUGCUAUACAUGGACCAAGAGAAAAAUGUGUUGAAAUUCUGCGGAGUGGUCACUUGUUAGCUAUCUCACCAGGUGGUGUUCGAGAAGCCCUGAUUAGCGAUGAGACCUACAACAUCGUGUGGGGUAAUCGUAAAGGCUUCGCUCAGGUUGCAAUUGAUGCAAAAGUGCCCAUUAUUCCUAUGUUUACACAAAAUAUUCGAGAAGGAUUUAGAUCCCUCGGCGGAACAAGGUUAUUUAGGUGGCUGUAUGAGAAGUUCCGCUAUCCAUUUGCUCCAAUGUACGGAGGUUUUCCAGUGAAGUUACGCACCUAUUUAGGUGACCCCAUUCCAUACGAUCCAAAGAUCACAGCAGAAGAACUAGCUGCAAGGACGAAGGAUGCUGUUCAAGCUUUGAUUGAUAAGCACCAAAGAAUACCCGGAAACGUUAUGAGUGCUUUGCUAGAACGUUUUCAUAACAAACAAAAGAUCAACUAGAAGACUCUUUAAUACAUUUAUAUUAAUAUGUUUGUGUCUGUAAGACUGUCUUCAAAAUUUUGUGGGUUCUAUAAUUAGUAUUUUUUAAAAAAUCAUGUUAAUAAGCAUCUUUCACUGAACUUGUUUAACAUUGUUUUGUCAAUUUUGUUUCUGCGAUCCAUUGUGUCAGAUUUAAACAAUAACUCAUUACAUGCCUAAUUAUUCAGAAAAUGAUCAUGGUUCUUUUUAUAAGUUCCUAAUAAUGUAUCAUAAACAUAGAUUCCUAAAGUUAAGUUUAUUAAUAACAGCAAUGGAGGUUAAACAAACAUUCCUAAAUAAUGCAUCUAGUUUCUGUAUCUCUUGCACUGAGCUAGUUUUGCAAGGUGGCAUAACCUAGGGUUUAGUACAGACACUUCAGUUAGGAAAAAAAAUGCUCUUUCCUCUGCCCCUCAUUCCUUUCAUGACCUUGGGCAAAUCACAUAAUGUUUUUAUGCCUCAACAAUUCAAUUUUUAAAAACAUGCUAAUAUUUUGGUGAGGAAUAUUGUUUUAAAUUCUUUAUAUUUGCUGUGAUUGAUAACUGCAGAACCGAAAUUAUAACUGAAUUAAUUAAACAAUACCAAGAUCUUUUAGAAGUUUAUAUAUAUAUUUUGUCCAUAGGAUGUUUAAAUUAUUCCUUCAGGUAUGAUGUCAAGUUGCCAAGGACAAUGAAAAAGAGGUACUGUUUUUCAAAUUGAGUAAACAGAAAUUAGGGAAAGUAAAAUUUCUAAUUAUUGUUAUUAUUCUUUCUGGUAUUACAUUUUCAAUGAGACUCUGUAGACAAGCCGUACAGGACGUGCUGUGCAUUGUCAGCCCUCUGAUAUGGCAUUUAAUAGUGUCAGGUUAGAAAUCACGGUUGUGCCCUGCAUCUCAUACGUUAGAAGCUGAUUCUAGGCUGAUGAAAGCACAGAGAGAAAGCUCUGCUUUUGCUCAACAUCAUGGCUUAUUCAGCUUGACUUUGCAACCAGUCAGAUGGUUUAUUGUUUCAAUAAAAAUAUACUUGAAUAAUGAA